AAUCCACCUUAUAACUCAAUUCUCCUCUUGGCUCCCAAACAAAUACCUCCAAAAAGUAACACCAGCCAUAGAGCUCCCCACCCCGGCGGGAGAGGUUCCUCCGGACCUCCUCGGGGGAGCGGUUGUUCCCAUGUCUCAUCCACUCCCGCCUCCGCCGACUAAUAAUAACCUAGAAUCCGAAUCACCACAACAGCCGCCGCCGAUGAUGAUGCCACCUUUAGCCCCGCUUUAUAAGACCAGCUCCUGGUCACCGGAUAUUCUCCGUGACGAGGCUUGGCUUGGAAGGAAGGAAAACAGCAAAAAGGGGAGGAGCAAGAGCGUAACAGACGAAGACCUUGAUGAACUCAAGGCUUGUAUCGAGUUGGGGUUCGGGUUUGACUCCCCCGAGUUGGAUCAACGUUUAUCUCAUACUUUGCCUGCUCUGGGUCUUUACUACGCUGUUAACAAGAACUACAACGACUUCGUAUCCAGAUCUGCGUCGUCUAUUUCAGGUGCUUCCGAUUGUGAUAGUAUUCCUUCCCCUAUUGGCAGCCCCCACACCAUCUUUGGCCCUGGUGAUCCACCGCAGACGGUGAAGACAAGGCUGAAGCAGUGGGCGCAGGUGGUUGCUUGUUCGGUGAGGCAAAGCUCACGGUGAGGAAGACGCUCUUGGUAUUAUCAUCAUCCAUUAAGGUUUUAGGGUUAAGUACCGAGAUUCAAAUCCAAU